AUGCAAGCUGUGAAAGAAAAGCUGAUCAGUAUGAAUGCCACACGCAAGGCCAGACAAGAAGCAAAGGCUGAAGAAAAGGCAGAGAAAGAGAUUGCAAAAGCAAGAAUGGAUGUAGCUCGUGAGAUCAGGUUGGCAAAACAAGCUGAAGCAGAAAUGGAUCUUCAUGUGGCAAAUGCAGGAAGAAGAGUUCAGCAAGAAAUAAACAAACACAGAGACAAAAAUCCCUCUCUGGUUCAGAGUGUCAAUCUCAUGGACGAUGUUGCUGUCACAGGAGAAACCACAAAGGUUCCAACUUAUAGAAACUAA